AUGUUUGGUCUCGCAGGAAGAAGGAUAGCCGUCUCCGGGUCUAAGUCGCUUGUAUCAAGGACUCUGCCUGCUCGCGCAGCCACCGCCGCGCAAUCGCCGAGCGCUUCGCGUGCAUUCCACGCGACACCCUGCAAUGAACAGGAUAAGCGCCGGGUCUGGGCUGGUCGGGUGAAGACAGCCUGGAUAGAUGCUCUGAAUGAGAGUCCUGUUAACCCCGAUGUGACGCCGAAGAAGAUGUCGGACAGUUACUACAGUGCUAUUUUGCCUUUAGCGCAAGAUAAGUGGCUGCUUGAUACUUAUCUCAAUGCCUCUGGACAUAUUCGCUUGGGAUCAUUGCUUAUGGAUCUCGAUGCCCUUGCUGGUGUCAUUGCCUACCGUCAUACCGGCGAAGGCGUCAGUACCGUCACUGCGGCCGUGGACAGAAUCACCAUCGAGCACCCGCUCAUGGAAAUUUGUGAUCUCGAACUUAGUGGUCAGGUUUCCUACGCUACUGGUCGAUCCAGUAUGGAGGUAUCGUGUCAGGUUUCUAAGCUUCGCCCGGAGGGUCAACCUGCUCAGCCCGAGGAUGUGCUGAUUACCUGUGCAUUCACGAUGGUUUCCCUUGAUCCUGCUACAAAGAAGCCUGUCCCUGUCGCACCUCUGAUUUUGGAGAACGCAGAGGAAGAGAAACUCUUCAAGAAGGGCGAGGCCAACUACCAAGCCAAGAAGGCUCUGCGCACGCGCAGUCUCCUCGAGAAGGCUCCUGACGAUGAGGAGAGUAACUUGAUCCACUCCAUGUGGACCAAGGAGAUGUCAUACCUGAACCCCCAAGUCCCAGCCAUUCGCCCGGACAACCAAGUUUUCAUGAGCGACACUGUCCUUAAAUCGGCUAUGAUUAUGCAACCCCAAGAUCGCAAUCGCCACAACUUCAUGAUCUUCGGUGGUUUUCUCCUCAAGCAAUCCUUCGAGUUAGCCUUCUGCUGCGCUGCCUCUUUCGCCCACGCCCGCCCCAACUUCCUUGCCCUUGACCCAAGUACCUUUGAAAAUCCCGUUCCUGUCGGAAGCGUCCUCUACCUGCGCGCAACGGUAGCUUUCACCGAACCCGAAGAACGCGAGGACGGCCACUCCAAGUACACAAAGGUACAGGUGCGCGUUGAUACCAAGGUUCGUGAUGUUGAGCACGGUACCAAGAAGUCGACUGGUAUGUUCAACUACACUUUCUUGGUGGAGAAGGACAUCAACGUCAUGCCCAAGAGCUAUGGAGAAUUCAUGCUUUGGACUGAUGCGAGACGUCGCGCUCUAAAUGCUGCUGCUAUCGACCCUGCACAUAAGAUGAGUGCCCUAAGGAGUAUCCAGGACAGUGUCACCGAGUAA